GGUCAUGUGAUUUCCCAGAAAUUCACAUUUGGCGAAAGUGAAAGCAAAUUAACGUUAUAUAACCCAGCUCAGGUAAACGCUUCGAACACUUUGUCUGAUAUUCGAGGGUCGACGUCGGACUGAAAAGGAGGCAAAAAUGUGCAAGAUGAAGGAGUUGGUGGCACUUUUGCUGGUGGCUGUGCAAAUUCAAAACGUCAAGCCCGUGAUCCACACGCUCAAGUAUAUCGAGACUGCCUCGUCACAAAUUCCAAACUUCCCAGAGUACUUGGAGGUGGGUUAUGUUGACGGUGUUCAGAUUACCCACUAUGACAGCAAGAGCGGGAAAUAUCGACCCAAACAGGAGUGGAUGAACAAAAUCACAGCCGAGGAUCCACGCUACUGGGAGAGAGAAACACAGAGGAAUAUUGGUAAUCAGCAGGUGGCCAAAGUCAACAUUGAAAUUGCUAAAGAGCGCUUCAACCAAACUGGAGGUGUUCACAUGAUCCAGCGGAUGUAUGGCUGCGAAUGGGACGAUGAGACCGGCGAGGUGGACGGUUGGCGACACGACGCUUACGACGGAGAAGACUUUAUAUCGUUUGAUUUGAAGGGACUGAGGUGGAUCGCGGUCAAGCCGCAAGCUGUCGUCACCAAACACAAGUGGGAACAAUUUGAUCUUCAAUACCGGAAGCAUUACUACACUGAGAUUUGCCCUUCCUACUUGAAGAAGCACGUUCGCAAUGGGAGGGACUUCCUCAUGAGAACAGAGCUUCCGCGGAUCUCCCUGCUGCAGAAGACGUUGCGGUCGCCGGUGACAUGCCACGCCACAGGAUUCUACCCCAGGGAGGCCGACCUGUUUUGGAAGAAGGAUGGCAAGCAGCUCUUUGAGGAUGUGGAGAUGGGCGACACCCUCCCCAAUCACGACGGGACCUUCCAGACCACCGCCGACCUCAUAGUGGUGGACGCCAACGCCAAGUACGAGUGCGUCUUCCAGCUGGCCGGCGUCCCGGAGGACGUCAUCGUCCCGCUGGACCAUGCGAAGAUCCUGAGCAACGAGCGCAUUGAAGCGGAAGAAAGGAGGAAGAUGGCGCUGGCUGUCGGCAUCCCACUGGCGUCCCUCGCCCUGAUUCUCACGAUCGUUGUUGUCGGCAUUGUUGUCCAACGCAAAAAAGCCAAAUACACCAAAGCUGCCAAUUCUGAGCAAUCCUCCUCCGAGAGCGCUCCUGAGACCGCUUCUUCUACCGACGAGUCCCUUUUAGCCAAGCCCGCUCCCGAGUGAGACGCCUUCACACAGUUUUGGAAGACAAGUGCGAUGUCCGAUCUCUCGUCAUCUCCUAUUUGAAAACAUGGGAUGUGUAAUUCAUGUGGACCAUUUGUGCAAUGAGGACUUUUCCGCUGAUUUUUAUAUAUUUUAUUGUAUGUAUUAAGUUUUUUGUCUCCUUUUGAUCCGUUUACUUUGGUUGAAAUCCACCACAAUUAACGUUUUAUUCUUCCUACGAAAGAUUUAUGCCACUUUUUUUGUCUUUUCUUUGAAAAUACAACUGGGAUUUUAGUUUCAGAAAGGGUUUAACUUCAAUUAAGAAUGGUGUUAUGCGGGUUGUUGAUUGAACUUGGUGUUUGUAGGUUGGGAAGAAGGAGUACUAAAAAAUCUACCCAUGUAAAAGUACUCUUACAUUGGUGAAAUUUUACUCAAAUAAACAUUUUGGUGUAAAAAAAAA